AGUUCAUUAUUACAAGCGAUUUUAGGAGAAUUACCACUAUCUGAAGGACAAAUUGUAGUGAACGGUGUAGUUUCUUAUGCAUCUCAGGAACCAUGGUUAUUUGCUGGUUCUGUACAACAAAAUAUUCUAUUUGGUUCAGCAAUGGAUGAUGAGCGUUAUAAAGAAGUUAUACAAAUUUGUGCCUUAAAAACUGACUUGGAACAGUUUCCAUAUGGUGAUAAAACAACUGUGGGAGAAAGAGGAGUUUCCCUCAGUGGUGGACAAAAGGCGAGAAUAAAUUUAGCAAGAGCUGUAUACAAACAAGCGGAUAUUUAUUUAUUGGAUGAUCCUCUAUCAGCUGUAGAUGCUCAUGUUGGCAGUCAUUUAUUUAGAAAAUGUAUUAAAGGUUACCUUAGAAAGAAAACUUGUGUUCUUAUUACCCACCAAAUACAAUACUUGAAUAGCGUAGAUCAAAUUAUUCUUAUACAUAAAGGAAAUAUUUUAAUUGAGGGUUCGUACAAGGAUCUUCAGAAAUCAAAUUUAGACUUUACAAAAAUGCUUGAGUCACCUAUAUUAGUUUCAACCGCAUCCUUUAAUGAAAAUAUUUCAAAAAAUACAAGUGUUAAUAACCAUCGAAUAGAUUAUAGUCGACAAACGUCUAUACAAAGUAUCGCAUCAUCAUUUGAAGAUGCCCAAUUCAGUGUUUCUCAAGAACAACCUGCUGAAGUAUCUGAAACUCGAACAUCAGGAAGUGUUUCAAAAAAUGUUUAUUCGUCGUAUUUUCUUGCUGGUGGAAGUGGUUGUAAAAUAUUCUUCUUCUUUAUCAUAUGUAUUUUAACUCAAGUACUAGCAUCAGGUGGAGAUUUCUGGAUGACCUAUUGGAUAAAUCUAGAAGAACAUGUUUUUUAUGUAGUAAAAACUCUUUCCACAAACGAUAAUAACCCAACCGAUAAUCCGUCUACGACAUUAUUGUGGUGGUCGAUUUCUCGAGAGACAUGUUUCAUUUUUUUUGGUAUUAUAACUUUACUUAUGAUGGUUGCGAUUAUCAUCAAGUCCAUAAUGUUCGUAUCAGUUUGUAUGAAAUCAUCAAUAACUUUGCACAAUAACAUGUUCAGUGCUAUAACAAGAGCUACAAUGUAUUUUUUUAACACAAAUUCAUCAGGACGUAUUCUUAACCGAUUUUCAAAUGACGUGGGAGCUAUUGAUGAAAUGUUACCAGCCACAUCGUUGGAUUGCAUACAAAUUGGAUUAUUAUUAUUUUCAAUUGUAAUAAUUAUUGGAAUUAUCAAUUUCUAUCUUAUAAUACCUACUUUUAUCAUUGCGAUUAUAUUUUACAAAUUUCGAGUAUUUUAUUUAUUAACUUCCCGCAGUGUUAAACGAUUAGAAGGAGUAACAAGAAGUCCCGUAUUUUCUCAUUUUAAUGCAUCGCUUCAAGGUUUAACCACAAUAAGGGCUUACGGAGCAGAACAAAUUCUCUCUAAUGAAUUUGACAACCAUCAAGACCUACAUUCUUCGGCUUGGUAUAUAUUUAUUUGUUCGAAUAGAGCAUUUGGAUUGUGGUUGGAUAUAGUAUGUUUUAUAUAUAUAUCAAUUGUAAUAUUCAGCUUCUUGACAAUCGGAAAUACCAUGUAUGGAGGAAAUGUUGGUCUAGCUAUUACACAAGCAAUUAGCCUGGCUGGGAUGUUCCAAUGGGGAAUGAGACAAUCGGCUGAAUUAGAGAAUCAAAUGACCUCAGUUGAAAGAGUUCUUGAAUACACAAGUCCUCCACAAGAAGAUGCUCUUGAAUCACCACCAGAAAAAAAACCACCUACGGAAUGGCCUAUGAGUGGCCAAAUUACUUUCAAAAACUUUUAUCUUCGAUAUGGCAUAGAUAGUCCAUUUAUUGUCAAAAACCUCAAUAUAAAUAUCAAUUCUAUGGAAAAAGUAGGAAUCGUAGGAAGAACUGGUGCUGGAAAGUCAUCGUUAAUUGCAGCAUUAUUUAGACUAGCCAUUAAUGAAGGCAAUGUCAUCAUUGACGAUAUAGAAAUACACGAUAUAGGACUUCACGAGUUGCGGUCUAAGCUUUCUAUCAUCCCUCAAGAACCUAUUUUGUUUUCGGGAACAAUGCGAACCAAUUUAGAUCCAUUUAAUGAAUAUCCUGAUCAUAUUCUUUGGAAUGCAUUAGAUGAAGUAGAACUCAGACAUAUUGUUGAAGAAUUACCCAAUGGUCUAAAUUCAAUAAUUUCCGAAGGUGGUUUCAAUUUUAGUGUUGGCCAGAGACAAUUGGUGUGUUUAGCUAGAGCUAUUGUACGAAAUAAUAAAAUUCUUAUAUUGGAUGAAGCCACUGCCAAUGUUGAUCCACAAACUGAUGCAUUUAUCCAAAACACUAUUAGAAAUAAAUUCCGAAUGUGUACGGUAUUAACCAUAGCUCACCGUCUGAAUACAGUGAUAGAUUCGGACAAGGUGCUUGUAAUGGAUGCAGGUAUAAUGAUUGAAUUCGAUCAUCCACAUAAUUUGUUAAAAGAUAAAAAUGGGUUUUUAUAUAAAAUGGUGGAACAAACUGGGCCGACCAAUGCAAAAUUUUUACAUACUGCGGCUUUAGAGAGCUAUAAUAAGAUGAUUACAACGAAAGAAUAUCGAAUCGAAUCGUAAAAAGAAAAUAUUAUUGAAAUUCAAAUGUUCAUAAAGUUAUUGGUUUUAGAAUCAGUCCAACAUUUUUCUGGUAUAGAGUGCUAUUUUUUAACUCUAAUACUACAUAAU